AUGACGGUUCUACUCUUGCUUCUCCUUGCCAUCAUCUCGUUUGCGGCGUCUCGAUGGUGGUGCUUUUUGCCCCGGCGACCUUUGCCCCCAGGUCCAAAGCCUUUGCCCAUCUUUGGGAAUAUUUUGCAGCUCCGCCGCGAGGAUCCUUUGGGAACACUCAGUGCGUGGACCAAAACCUUUGGUCCUAUUGUGAGUCUCAAGGUUGGGGCGCGGACUGCUAUCUUGCUCGGCGCGCGAACUAGCGUACGUGAUCUCCUCGAACGAAGAGCAGCCCUGUACAGCAGUCGACCGCGAUUGAUCGCACUUGGCGGGAGUGGAUUGGACGAACUCCUUUCAGUCUUCAUGCCGUAUGGCGAUAGAUGGCAAGCUGGCCAUCGCAUGCGAUUACCUCUACUCAACGCGCAGGUCCCGAAGGCGUCCGUGACAUUGCUGGACGCAUCCACCACGCUUUGUAUGCACGAGAUAAUUCAGGGGGGUGAUAUCCAAGACCAUCUAUCCAUGGUCCCAGUUCGACUCUUCUUCUCCUUGCUCUAUGGGGCAGACCUCGACUCCAUGACGGUGGACCUGAUCCGUGAGCAGAGGGCGAGAUUCGAACGAGUCAUACGAAGCUUUUCCCCGCUCAAUGUAUUUCUGGACCUGUUCCCGGUUUUCCAGUCCGUCCCCGGCAUAAUGUGGGUCUUGAGGCAGAAGAGUGCAGCCAUGAUGGAUGAGUCUGCACGCGAGACCCGUGAAAGGGUCGAAGCGGCGCUGCAGCAUCCAUUUUGGAAUUUCGCACAGGCGUUGCACGCGCGGCAGCCGACGCACAUGGCCCAGAAAGACUUUUCCUUUUAUUUGAUGGAAUUGGAGAUGGCCAGUUCGAUAACAUUAACCUUCACGCUCUGCAAUGUCGUCAAGAUAAUGCUCGCACACCCCGAGGAGAUGCACCAGGUCCAGACCGAGAUAGAUGGUAGAAUAGGAAGCAGCCGGCUUCCCACGUCAACCGACCUUCCGCACCUGCCCUAUCUUCAUGCCGUUAUCAAGGAAUGUGCCCGCUUACAUCCAAUGCUACCCUUGGGGUUUCUGCACGCCCCGACAGAGGAUGACGUAUACUGUGGGUUUCGGAUCCCCCGUGACGCACUCAUCAUCCCAUUCCAGUACGCCCUGAACACCGAUGGCACCAUCUAUCACGAUCCUAUGAGGUUCCAGCCUCGGCGCUGGAUCGAAAACUCCUCUCUUCCAGCGCCGGCUGGAUUCGGCUUCGGCAAGAGGCUUUGUCCGGGCCAGCCAUUCGUGUCGGAUAGCGUUGCACUGACCGUGGCCAAGUUACUGUGGGGAUUCACACUCCAGGACGGAGGCGACGCCAAGCCUCUCCUGCCCUUCAAUGCCCUACUCAUGCAGCAAGAGUCACUCGGGCAUGUGCGGUAUGCCUGCAGAAGUCUGACUCAUCAAUUGACGAUUGAGCGAGAGGCGGCAAAAGCGAGUUUCAAAACUGGACCCGCUCUGGAAGAGAUCUGCGCUAUGCUGGCGCUGAAGUGA